AUGGCACUUGCCAAGGAUAGAAUGCCCCAUUAUUCACUUCAGCACCAAGUAAUUUCUUCAGAUCAUCAUCAUCUUUCUAAUAAUGGAUUUGUGUUUAGAUCAGCAGCUUCCACAACAAGUUGUUAUCAAGCUGAUGGUGAUGAUCAUGAUCAGGUAGCUGCAGGCCAUUCGGUCAUCAACUUCAAGAAUAAUAACGCCUACAACAGUAGUUUCAUCCAUGACAAGAGUGCCUCAUCUCUGCUUAGUUUUGAGAAAACCAACAAUGGCCUUCCUCAUGACAACGACAGUUACAACUGCAUCCCCACCGUCGACCCAGUUCGCGUUUCUGGUGAUUUCAAUUGCUUCCAGACAGCUAGCAAUUACAGCAGUUCGUUAUUGAAUCCUUCACAUGAAAGCCAUGGAUCAGAAUCAGCUUAUGGUUGGGUGUACUCGGACGCUACUCUAAUGGCAGAAAACUUUCCUGAAUCGGAAACACAAGGCGAAGCAGCCCUACAAAAGCGUCCCCAUGAGGGAGAGAGCAUGCAACCUUCAAAGAGGCAAUGCACCAGUGACGUUGCUACUGCUACAAGCAAGAAGCCCAAAUCUAAGUCUCCAAGUCCCUCGAAGGACCCACAAAGUAUUGCCGCAAAGAAUCGACGAGAGCGCAUCAGUGAGCGGCUUAAGAUACUCCAGGAACUGGUUCCCAAUGGCUGCAAGGUCGAUUUAGUCACCAUGUUGGAGAAAGCCAUUAGUUAUGUCAAAUUCCUUCAGUUGCAAGUCAAGGUCCUGGCAACCGAUGAAUUUUGGCCAGUCCAAGGUGGGAAAGCUCCUGAUAUUUCUCAAGUAAAAGAAGCCAUUGAUGCCAUCCUCUCAUCUCAGAGAGACACAAGUUCCAGCUCAAAGGAAGCAGUUGCUUCGUUUGAUCAAGCCGAUGAGGCCCGUUACUCGAUAAUUUAAUUUCCUAAUAAAAACAAGAGAACCAUUGUUGUCCAUCGAAGGAAAACCUUGUAGAAA